UAAGCAUUUUUUUGUUAGUCGUAAAGAAUAUGUAUUACAUAAGUAUUAAGCAAAUAAUUAAGAAAAUGUAUCUUUUUGUGUGUUUUUGGAUGGAAGUAGUUCACACUGAAGCCAUAUAAGCUCAUCUGAUCCCUGAUAUUUGGCAGAGAUUUUUGCUUGCAGCCAGGAAUGGCACUUUUGUGUGUAUCUGAGAGAGUGUGUUUGUACAUUUGCAAGUGUAUGCACAUGUCUGUGUGUUUAUUAUGCUAUUGUGUAGUCUGGAAUUUCAAUUCUUUGCACACAGGAUGUCUGUGAUCCACUUCUAUUGACCAAUAAUUUUUAAUACAAGUGCGUGUGGAGUUGUGUGUGUACCUACCAACACAGCUGAAUAAUCACACAUCUAAACAGGCCCACGCGCACGAUGCCGUCUCUAUAUCCCAUAAUCCACUGGUCUUUUUCUAAAAAGCACUGACUCAAUUUUUGGAUCUGGUUUUCAUGACAAAGCGAAUGUCCUCUUUACAGAGGAAUGUCUGGGUAUAAAAGAGCCGGAGUGGGACAGUCCUGAACCAGCACAGCUCUGCAACCCUACCCCUUCCACAGGCGCCGCUGCCAGCCGAUCCUCUGCAGAAUGGGCCGGAUAAUUUUCUACGAGGACAAGAACUUCCAGGGCCGUCGGUAUGAGUGCGACAGCGACUGUUCGGACUUCCAUGCCUACCUGAACCGGUGUAACUCCAUCCGUGUGGAGAGCGGGGCCUGGGUGAUCUACGAGAGGCCCAACUUCAUGGGCUACCAGUAUGUUCUGACUCGAGGCGAGUAUCCGGAUUACCAGCGCUGGAUGGGUCUGAACGACCGCCUCUGCUCCUGCAAGAUGAUCCACUUUGUAAGUGGCUCUGAAUACAAGAUCCAACUCUAUGACAAGGGAGAUUUCACGGGCCAGGUGUAUGAGACCACUGAGGAUUGUCCAUCCGUGGUGGAUCGCUUUCGGACACGUGAAGUCCAGUCCUGUAAAGUGCUGGACGGGAUCUGGAUCUUCUACGAGCACCCAAACUACAGGGGGCGCCAGUACCUACUGGAGAAGGGGGAGUACCGUAAGCCCGUGGACUGGGGCGCCAUCUGCCCCACGGUUCAGUCCUUCAAACGCCUGAUGGAGUGAUGUUUGGCCUGUAAAUCCAUCCAUCUGCAGCCCUCCUUUACUUCCAAACCGCCCAACCACAACAGCACUGACACACCUGUGCCGAAUCAAUAAACGUGUGGUUGCAAAUUAAUUAAA